AUGGCUAAUUUAAGAUUCGCUACAAAUGAAACCCAUUUAGUGAAAACAGUUUGCGCAGUUGUACUAAAAGGUUGUUCUUGGGACCUUCUAUUAAAACCCAGAAUCGGUUCAGUCAUUUCCUCAACCACUGUCAAUCAGAUACUUCAGAAUCUCUCCCAACACGGAUCUUCUUCUUUCAUCUCUUGGAACUUCUUCAAAUGGAUUGAACUGAAUCCUGGUUACAAGCAUUCGUUACAAUCUUCAUGGACCAUGAUUCACAUUUUGACAAAACACAGACACUUCAAAAGCGCACACCAACUGCUCGACAAAAUUGCUCUGAGAGAUUUUUUAUCGUCACCCUCGGUUUUAAAUGCCCUCUCCACUACCUGCGAUGACCAAGAUGUGAAUUCUCAUGUCUUGAGCUGGUUGAUAAUCUUCUAUGCAAAUUCAAAGAUGACCCAAGAUGCAAUUCAAGUGUUUGAACACAUGAGGGUCCGUGGUGUAAAGCCACAUUUACCUGCUUGCACUGUUUUGCUGAAUUCAUUGGUUAAAGAGAGGCUGACAGAUACAGUUUGGAAGUCUUACAAGAAAAUGAUCAAGAUUGGGAUACUUCCAAAUUUGCAUAUCUACAAUGUCUUGAUUCAUGCUUGUUGCAAGUCUUCUGAUGUUGAAAAAGCAGAAGAAUUGGUAAGUGAGAUGGAGGUUAAAUCUGUUUCUCCUGAUCUUUUUACCUAUAACACAUUGAUAUCAUUAUAUUGCAAGAAAGGUAUGCAUUAUGAGGCUUUGUGUAUUCAAGAUAGAAUGGACAGAUCAAAUAUUCAUCCCGACAUUAUAACCUAUAAUUCAUUGAUCUAUGGGUACUGUAAACAAGGUCGAAUGAGGGAAGCAUUAAGAAUGUUCAAAGAAAUGAAAGACACAAAUCCAAAUCAUGUGACCUACACUACUUUAAUCGAUGGGUAUUGUAGAGUCAACAGUUUUGACCAAGCUUUGACCUUGCGUGAGGAAAUGGAAGCUAAAGGGUUGACUCCUGGGACUGUUACAUAUAACACAAUUCUGCGUAAGUUAUGUGAAGAUGGAAGAAUAAAGGAUGCAAACAAAUUGUUGAAUGAAAUGAAUGAGAAAAAGGUUGUUCCUGAUAACAUCACUUGCAACACACUGAUUAAUGCUUAUUGCAAGAUUGGAGAUAUGAAGUCUGCUUUAAAAGUUAGAGGUACAAUGUUGAAUGCAGGAUUAAAACCUGAUUCGUUUACUUACAAGGCAUUGGUUCAUGGGUUUUGCAAGAUUAAAGACAUUGAAAAUGCUAAGGAGUUUGUUUUUUGUAUGCUUAAUGAUGGAUUAUCUCCAAAUAAUUGCACGUAUUCAUGGCUUGUGGAUCUUUACUGCAAUUUAAGCAAUGAAGAGAUGGUUUUGAAGUUACCUGAUGAGUUUCAUCAGAAGGGUAUAAUUGUCGAUAUUUCGGUUUAUAGGGCACUAAUAAGGAGAUUAUGUAAAAGAGAGAGGGUUGAUUAUGCUCAAAGAUUAUGUGAUAUUAUGCAGGAUAAAGGGAUAUUAGGAGAUAGUGUUGUGUUUACUAGUUUGGCUUAUGCCUACCUGAAAGCAGGUGAUAUAGAUAGUGGUUUGAAGAUUUUUGAUGAGAUGUACAAGAAGAGGUUGAUGAUCACUCACAAAAUCCACAAAAGUUUUGCUGCUAGUUAUGCUGAUGAUAAGGGUAUUUUGGGAAGUUUUUGGAAUCUUGCUGUUGAAAGAGGCUUAAUUUCAAGAAGUACCUUGAAACAGAUUCAUAAGGAUCAAGAUAAUGCGUAG